AAAAAAUCCAACAAGACCCUCUCCUUCGUUCACCGACUUAAAAAGGCCAUUCCUUCAGUUUCAGACAACGUCAAUUUCAGAUUCAAAGUCUAAACAAAAUGGCUGACGAGGUUUACGAGGGCGCGAUCGGUAUCGAUCUUGGUACCACCUACUCUUGCGUUGCCAACUAUGAGGGCACCAACGUUGAGAUCAUCGCCAACGAGCAGGGUAGCUUCACCACUCCCUCGUUCGUCUCCUUCACCGAGCAGGAGCGUUUGAUCGGUGAGGCCGCCAAGAACCAGGCUGCCAUGAACCCUCAGAACACCGUCUUCGAUGUCAAGCGUCUCAUCGGUCGGAGAUUUGACGACCCCACCGUCAAGAAGGACAUCGAGUCCUGGCCUUUCAAGGUUGUCGACCAGGGCGGUAGCCCCGUUGUCCAGGUCGAGUACCUUGGCGAGACCAAGACCUUCACUCCUCAGGAGAUCUCUUCCAUGGUUCUCAUGAAGAUGAAAGAGGUUGCUGAGACCAAGCUCGGCAAGAAGGUCUCCAAGGCUGUCGUUACCGUCCCCGCCUACUUCAACGACAACCAGCGUCAGGCCACCAAGGAUGCUGGUGCCAUUGCCGGCCUUAACGUGCUCCGUAUCAUCAACGAGCCUACUGCUGCUGCCAUUGCCUACGGUCUUGGCUCCGGCAAGACUGAGAAGGAGCGCAAUGUCCUCAUCUACGAUCUUGGUGGUGGUACCUUCGAUGUCUCUCUUUUGAACAUCCAGGGUGGUGUUUUCACCGUCAAGGCCACUGCUGGUGACACUCACUUGGGUGGUCAGGACUUCGAUACCAACCUCCUUGAGCACUUCAAGAAGGAAUUCCAGCGUAAGACCAAGAAGGAUCUUUCUGGUGACCCCCGUGCUCUCCGCCGUCUCCGGACUGCUUGCGAGCGUGCCAAGCGUACUCUUUCCAACGCUACCCAGACCACCGUUGAGAUCGACUCUCUUUUCGAUGGCGAGGACUUCAACUCUCAGAUCACUCGUGCUCGUUUCGAGGACCUGAACGCCAAGGCUUUCAACGGCACCAUCGACCCUGUCCAGCAGGUGCUCAAGGACGCCAACAUUGAGAAGAGCAAGGUCGAGGAGAUUGUCCUUGUUGGUGGCUCCACUCGUAUUCCCCGUAUCCAGAAGCUCCUCAGCGACUUCUUCGACGGCAAGAAGCUCGAGAAGAGCAUCAACCCCGAUGAGGCCGUCGCCUACGGUGCUGCCGUCCAGGCUGGUAUCCUCUCUGGCAAGGCCACCUCUGCUGAGACCUCUGACCUCCUCCUUCUCGACGUUGUUCCCCUCUCCCUUGGUGUUGCCAUGGAGGGUAACAUCUUCGCUCCUGUCGUCCCCCGUGGCCAGACCGUCCCUACCAUGAAGAAGCGGACCUUCACCACUGUCGCCGACAACCAGCAGACCGUUCAGUUCCCCGUCUUCCAGGGUGAGCGUGUCAACUGUGAGGACAACACCUCUCUCGGAGAGUUCACUCUCGCCCCCAUCCCCCCCAUGCGCGCCGGUGAGGCUGUCCUUGAGGUCGUCUUCGAGGUCGACGUCAACGGUAUCCUCAAGGUCACUGCUACCGAGAAGACCUCUGGCCGUACCGCCAACAUUACCAUCUCCAACGCUGUUGGAAAGCUCUCGUCCUCUGACAUUGACAACAUGAUCAACGAUGCCGCCAAGUUCAAGAGCAGCGACGAGGCCUUCAGCAAGCGCUUCGAGUCUCGCCAGCAGCUCGAGGCUUACAUCUCCCGCGUUGAGGAGCUCGUCUCUGACCCCACCUUGUCCAUCAAGCUCAAGCGUGGCAGCAAGGACAGAAUCGAGUCUGCUCUCAGCGACGCCAUGGCUCAGCUCGAGGUUGAGGAUGCCAACUCUGACGACCUCAAGAAGAAGGAGCUUGCUCUCAAGCGUGUUGUCACCAAGGCCAUGUCCUCCCGCUAAAUCAAUCAUUAGAGGAGUUCGAGUGGAUGAUACAAUAGGAGGCGCAAUGACUUAUGACUGAUUUCUGUCAACCUCCGUAGAUCGUUACUUUUCAGUACAAAAGCUGAUGUUGGUUUUUUUCUUCAAUCUUGCAUUUCUUUUCCAUAAGGGAAGGUCUUUUUCUUCAGGGCAUAUGAGCUUUCUGUAGACCUAAAACGAGAUUCAAUAUGUCUGGAACAUAAUGGGCGAUUUUAUGGCAAAACUUGGGCAUGAUUUUCGUAGAUAUCUUCCACGACC